AUGAUGAACUUGAUUUUCAUUGUUUUGUCUUUAUUGAUUAUUAACACGGUUUUUGAUGGUUUCUUUCUAUUUUUAAGUGAAGGUAAGGAUAUUGCAAGUAUCGGGAUUUGCAAGAAUCUCUGUAAAGGUGGACAAGUCUUUAGUGCAUUUCUACCACCUAAAGAACCUGACUGUGGUUCGUUUAUUUCAUGUAAUAAAUGUGAUUACGAUGCUGUCAUUAAGAAAAAUGACCACUCUUCAGUUUGUUCGUAUAUGUUUUCAAACGAAUUUACACAUAGCGAUUUUGAAACUCAAGUUACCUUAUUUCACGGGAAAUCUCAACUAAUUAUUCCACAUAACAGUACUUUAAGUCGGCUUUCAAAGGAGAGUAACGUAUUAAGUAACAAUAAGGGAGAAAAAAAGCACGGAUUGUUUACUGUUGUUGUUGACUGGAAGAAGAUGAAAGGUGUAGAUGCUUCUCAAUGCUCAAAUGGAAUUGCGGAAAUUGAAUGGAGUAUAUUUAACAUAGGAGUCUACAGAAAUUGGGAUAUUGUUGCAAUAAUCGAAACUAAACCGGAAGCAACAUUUCCUUUUUGCUUUGAAAAUGUAGAAUUUCCUUUGGAUGCCACAAGAUCGAGUAAGAUCGGGAGUACUCUGCCAACCAAUAUAAAGAGGCUCGGCUAUUCAGUAACUAAUGGAAGACCAUCUGCAGUUAGAAUUACAAAAACAAUUGCUGUUAAUCAAAAGGAAAUGAAGAUUAAUCCGGAGAAGGCAAUGGAAAUAUUAUUAAAAAGAUACGUUUCUUUUAAAAUUAGCAUUAAUGGAGCUUCAGUUAAACAAGUUUUUUCAGAAACUUUUUACGAAUUUAAGAAAGAAGAGUUGGAAAUUAAAGACAGAAUAGCAAAUGAUUCAAGUAUGGAUAUAAAUGACUCAACAGAAUCUGACUUUAACACUAAAAGUCAAUCAGGGAAUAGUUCUAAAAAGAAUAGUAAAAUUCACCCUGAAAAUAGCAACGAACCAAAUAAGAAGAACAGGCUAGAAAUUUUGAAAGAAAAGCUUGUAGAUAAAUUAAGAGGAAAAGGUUUUACAGAUCCGCUUAUUUUGGAUAGCAUGAUGAGUUUAGGGUUUUAUUCCUGUUUCAGAGUAAUAUGCACUAAAAAGAAGUCUAGAGGAUUUCGGGAAGAAUCUAAGCUAGAUAAGAGAAUUCCUUUAACUCUCGAAUCUGCAAGAAAUAUUCACUCUAAAGCAUUAGAUCAAUUUUCCAAUUUGAUUCCCCAGGGCUAUACUGUUCCUUUACCUAUUCACAAUUCUGAGUACUGGGUAAACAAUCACUAUAAACCAGAGCUUUUUAACCAAAAUCUAUUGCAAGAAAAAUUUAGAUCAAAAAAAAAAGAAAAUAACAAACGAAACCAUGAUAAAAAUAAUUAUACUGAAGAAAGUGCAUAUACUGACGAUGAAUCAGAAUUUUCACACCCACUUUCGGAUUUGUUAACCAUGAUUGCGUUUACCAAUUCAGAAACGCUUCAAAACGGUGUGAAUGUUAAUGGAAUACUUGAGACAAAUUCUUUGCUACGAGUAGAACCUGAUAAUUAA